ACCCUAAAGCAGCCAUUUUCUCUACAAUCUACAAGUUCGCGGAUAGUGAUUGGGAAUUUAUUAAAAUUCUCAAUUUAUUCUCAAAUUCUGAAGAGUUUGGAAAUUUACGUUAUGCAAAUCAAUAGUUUCUCUUUUGUUGUUAAAAAAUCUUAGUUUUUUUGUUAACUUCAACUUGUAAACUCGAUCAUCAUGAUUGAGUUUACUAUAAAAACACUCGAUUCCAAUGACCACGGCUUCUCCGUAGAUGAUGAGAUAACAGUCCAACAGCUGAAAGAAAAAGUGACUGACCAGUUGGGAGUGCCGGCGUAUAUGCAACGUCUCAUAUUCUGCGGACGAGUACUCCAAGAUGACAAGAAACUUGCUGAUUACGAUGUCCACGGCAAAGUCGUGCACAUGGUGCAGCGGCCGCCGCCAGGAGUGGACGGGCCGGGAGCGAGCAGCGCAGGCAGUUCCAGCCAGGGCUCGCCAACAGCCAGACCGCCGCGCGCCCGCACCGCACACAUCACUAUACCAGACGGAAACAUCAGGAGUCUGCUGUCGUGGGCCACAACAGAGAUGAACGAACAACCGUCUCUGUCAUCAACAACAUCGCGUAUGGUCUACUUACGCAGAAUCCUCAAAGACAUCAAGAAUCUGAUCCGUAACAUCAAUGGAUCCGAGUUUGGGACGCUAGAUCCUGCUAAUCAUUAUCCACGAUUUUUCGUAGUGGACGACUCAGACAGUGACUCAUCGAGCGACGAAUCAGAUCGCGAAUCGCGGAGGACAGUGCAAAACGAAGCGGGCGAGGUGGACACGUUGCCCUCUCAGUUUGCCGACAUGUUGGCGGAGCUGCGAUAUCUAGAGUCCUCAUUUUAUCGCUACAGGGAUUCUUAUAUUGAAAUUCUCCGGGAUACCGAAGACGAAUCGAUCCAGCUAACAGAGGACGACCUGCGACAGCGGCAGCGUCAGGCGGAGUUAUCCGCGGAGCUGUUCCACGGCUUUGCUCAUGCUUACCACCUGGUCAGCGAUAUCACGCUGCACCUGCAGCAGGAUGGCAGCAGGCUGACAUCCGAGCAGGUGCAACGUCACGCCGUACCGAUCCAGACUCAUCUUAACGUCUUAGAGUCUAUCCGAGCGGCGACUCAGGGUGAAAACCCUGCAGGUCAGGGCACAGGCGAGGGCAACGAUGGCGAUAGUCCACCACCAGAGCUUGACAACAUAGUGCGUGGAUUGAACGACAUAGCGAGAAUUGGUAACCUGGAGGUAGUCCUAAGCUUGGAAGAGGUGUCUCCAACGGGUAUAAUCAACCAUCUCCGUGGCCAGAACCGCCCAAAUCAACAACAGCAGCAACAGACACAACAACAGCCGCAGCAGCCACAGCAGCAGCAACAGCAGCAACAGCAGCAACAACAGCAACAGCAGCAGACUCAACAACAGCAACAGCAAAAUACUGACCCGAUGGCCCAUAUUCUUGAAGGUGGCAACGUCCAACCGCUAUUUGGGUCUCAGAUUUUGUCCACAGUAUUUUUAGCGCAGAUGCCUUUUGGGGUGCCACCUACGGCGGAAAUGCUGCAAAAUAUAGUAUCGUCGGUUGUCAGACAGAGCAUCGUCCCUGGCAUGGAGGGAGUCUUGCACGCCCAAAUCAUUAACGGUAUACCGAAUCAAGCGAGACCGCAGAAUGCUGCUCAAGAAUCUAAUGCGCAGGAGAAUAGGACGGAAACCGCUCAGGCAGGCUCGCAGAGACCCGAAAACCAGGGUAGCCAGGGUAGCCAGGGUAGCCAGGGUAGCCAGGGUAACCAGGGCAACCAGGGCAACCAGAGCAACCAGAGCAACCAGAGCAACCAGAGCAGCCAGACCAACCAGGGCAACGCCAGCAACCAAAAUGCUGAGCAAAAUGAAAACGAAACGCAACGAUCUGGCGUGUUCCGUUGCCGUACGACGCCAGGCCGCGCGCUUUGCGAGACGUUCGGCCAUCACGUUUACGACAGAUUCCUGCCGUGUGACAGCCCGCAUGCCCGCCGCUCGCUAUCCAGACGCAGAGAAGAACUUCGUGUCGCGCGUUCUACUCAGCAGGAUAAUAAUACAGCAGUAGAGUUUAUAUUUCAGAACAAAACGAACACUCUCUUCGAGCAACUAGACAGGUCGGCGGCCGGGCCGGAAUAUUUGGUUAUUGCUGGCAUCAUAUUGAUGGAUGAGAUGUCGCGCGUGCCGGUCUCGCGUCGGCUGUCGUCGCGCGGUCUGCAGUCGUUGCAGCAGCGCUACGAGACGUACGUCACCGACCUCAUGCGCCGGCAAUACGAGCCCGGCUCGGAGCCAGAACUCACGGAUUUGAUUUUCGACAAUCAUUCUGAGUUCAUAAACCGCUUGCUCUCUCUGAUACCACUUCGGCCGGACUUGGACGUGCUGCUCUCACUGAAAGCGGCCUUCUGUCAGUGCCUCGACGGUUUGACUGUGGUUCUCAACAACCCAAACAACGACCUAUUCCUGAGAUGUUUCCGUGUCUUCGCCGGCCAUAUAUUCGCCGAGCUGUGCGGGGUAAUAUCCGCCUGUAGCCCGGACGGCGUUGAGGCAGUCAGGGUGCUCCAUGAUGCUUUCCUGGAUCACAUUUUGUCCAACGUGGAAGAGCCUCUUCGUACAACACUCACAGAGCUGGCAAUGGAGAAUCUAAACUCCGCUAUCGAGAAAAUAGAGAACAACCGCACGGAUACCAACCACUUCAUAUGCAAUAUAGUUGGCGCCUCCACUUCCGUCGAUGGAGCUUCUACUUCUCAGGCUACUUCUAACGAGAACAGUUCACUGAGCUUCUCCGAUCUACUGGAGGCAAGCGAGUUCAUAGAAAACGCGAGUAACGCGACUGACGCGAUUGAAUCACUGAUCGACGCCUCCGUGACUAUGCCGACGGCGGCUACGUCGGCGCCGGCUACGUCGACAAUGGAUACGUCGGCUUCAACGCCGGCUACGACGACGGCUACGUCGACGGCUACGUCGACUGCUACGUCCACGGCUACAUCGACUGCUACGUCGACAGCUGCGUCGACGGCUACGUCAACGGCUACGUUGACGGCUACGUCGACAUCUACGUCGACAGCUACGUCGACGGCUACGUCGGUGGAAGCGAUGGAUACGACGCCAGCGGCUACGUCGUCACAAAACGGGUUGGAUCAUUCGACAGAGACGAGAGAGCGGCGAACCAACGCUCCGCCAAGGAGCCCUUAUAAUAGGGCUAAUCGCCGGCCGCGGUCGCCAUCAUCUUCUGACGACACAGAGGUGAUAAGGAUAAUUGUGCCACCGGAAGACAUAAGAUCACAUUGGGGCGAGGAAUGGGUUCCAACUUUCACCCGCGACAUACGCCGCCAGAUCCCGCCCCCAGAGGAACCGUACAGCAACGCCUACUUGUCAGGCAUGCCGCCCAACAAGCGCCGAUGCAUCCGACAAAACAGACCCGUACCUAACUUCGGAAUGUUCUUACACGGUCUUUCUCAUGCUAAACGACGUUCGACACACGCUUCGCGAAGCCGGCGCUCCGCCGACCGCGCCGACGCCGCCCCGCCUCCUGCGUCACACGGUGAGGGAGCACGUGCGAGCGCUGACGGAGGCGCGGGCGAGGGGGGACGAUUAUGACCCGCGCAGGUACACAGCCGCUGCGAGGUUUGUGAACAAGCAAAGAGAUCAGGAUUGGGUCCCGCCGAAAACUAAAUACCCCGAGUAAAGAAAUUUAUAUGGCUUCGGAACAAAACGUAAAGGACAGUUUAUAAAUUAUACAUUGUGGUACCUCUUCAAACCUUGCUAUGUAAAUGGCAAAAAAAUAUACAAAAUUACAAAAAAAAGAGUAGUAGAUUUCCUGUAAGUACCCUGGACCUUUAAAUGUGCAAUGUAUAUUUUAUGAACGGUCUUUUAUAAUAAAUGUAAUAGAUUCUUUGUAAUUAUUUAAAUCUGUCAGUGAUCAUUUUAUUUUUUACACGUGGAACAAAAUUUCUGUUACUUUGACUAUUGUUGAUAACAAAAUAAUAUACAGGGAAGAAAUAAGACUGUAUCGUGAACUAUCAAACAUGGUCAAAUUGAUAAUAGUAAUUUGUGACUUGUGGUUAAACUACAAAUGGUCAUUGUCAGUUUAUAUACGUGUUAGCGUCAUGUCAUAUAAAGACGACGCGACUUUGGCAAUUUUAAGAUUAAAGUAAAUAUUAAUUAUAAUGAUUUAAGUGAAUAUUUGAAUUUAUUAUUUCACUUCAUUAAAUGAAUCACUAUCUUAAAAAUGCUGCGUCGCGUAUCGUCUUGGUGUGUACUGACAUUAGACUCAAUGUUAUCAAUGUUAAAUAAAUGUCAUUCAUAAUUAUUGUUGUGUAGACCUUGGUGUAAUAUAUACAUGUGGUUUUAAUAGUUUUAAGACCUAUAAUUAAAUCCCCCUUACUAAUAAAAUUAGUUACACAAUUAAUUGAAGACAUGAGUGGAUGAAGCAGGUAACAGUUUGAAAACUGCCUUUUUUAAAAAAAAAUAAUAAUUGUGGAUUCUAUGUAAAUCUAGAUGUAUUA